GGCAGUUGCCAGCACUGGAAAAUGUCUCUCGACACACACUGAUUGCAGCAUUAAAGGCAAAUAUUAGGAUGAGGGAACAAGGAUUGGGUCUCAUCAUCAUACAGAAUGGGCCAUAUCUUCAGAUAACAGGCCUUGUUGAGAAAAGCUCUGCAGCUAACGAUGGAAAGCUGAAACCAGGUGAUGUUCUAAUACAAAUUGGACAUGCUACCAUUUUAGGAUGGACUCUGCGAGAGCUUAAGCAACUCCUGCACAAUGUUCCUGUAGGAACUGCCCUACAAAUCAGAGUUUACAGAGAUUUUAUUGAAGUACCUCAACACUGGCAAAGUGCAGUUGAAUUAAUUCCUGAAGUAAAGCUUCCUGUGAUGACAGCAGACACAGGUGAAGAUGCUGAGGACGAAGGCGACACUGGGUCCAGUAGCGAUGAUGAUUUCGAUGCUAGUGGUGUUAGACCUUCUUCCUACUGGGCUAUGGAAAACAAUGAGACCAGUUCCUCUUCCUCCUCCCCGUCAGUAUCAGAUACAUCCUCUCUGGAAGAAUUUGCAUUUGUUUCAGAAUAG